UUAUGGCUUUCUAUUCCUGGUUUGUAGAGUUAUAUGCAGUUAAUGAUUAGAUAAGUUAAUUAAAACCAGCAUCAUCAAAUUCUCCAUAUUAUAGUAGAUUCUAUAUACAUUAGACUAGCGCUGCUUUGCAAUUCUCCUUUGGUCAACACUAAUGAUGCCAAUGUCAAAAUAUAUAGCGAUGGUGCUUAAUACUACAUCCUAUAAAAUGAUUAAUUGAUAUGCACAAUGGUAUAUCACUAAUCAUACAACCAAAGUCUUUUCUUAAAACUUUAGAUAUAUCUAAUAGAUAUUUAUGAAUCUAUAAAUACAACACUAAAUUCAGAUAAUAGCAAAAUAAUUUAAAUAACAUUGUCUUUGGCAGCAAUCGAAUUCGUAUUAAUAAUAGCUGCAAUUAAUUAUUAUGCAAAAUCUAUAGCUAUAAUAGUAGCUUCUCCAAUUGAUGAACUAACCCAUUCCUUGAGAAAUAUAGAUUAAAAUAAUAUUGAUGAAUAUUUUUCAGAAAGAUUAUAAGGAGAAUCUUCAAAAUUGAUCCCUGAUGAAAUGAUCCUUUUGUUGAGAAGUGUUUAUGAUUUUAUAGGUAUAGUCAAGAUAGCAAAUGAAGCAUUCAUAUAAGGUAAUGAUGGAUAAGCAGUUAUUGGUUAUGCAGUGGCAAAUUAAUUUUAUUUAGAGAAUGGUAAUAAGUUGGGAGCAGGAGUGAUUUAGAAUAAUAUGGGAGUUAUUCAUAUAAGAAAUAGAAGAUUUUAAGAAGCUAUCUUUUGUUUUAAGGAAGCAAUAAUAUGUAUAGAAAAUGAAUGGGAAAAAUAUAAACAUAAAUAUUAGAGUGUUGGAAUUAAUGAAGAUGAAUUAAUCAUAGAUUAAGAAUAUUAAAAUUUAAGUAAAAUAGUAUUCAAUCGUUGUUUUAAUCUAUGUGAAGCUUUGAGUGAAUUUUUAUUAUCUGAAAUUUUAGAACUUCAAGAAUUAUUGUUUUCUCAUAAAACAUAACGCUAAUCUAUAUUUAAUAUGGAAAAUAUGAUGUAUGCAUAACUAGAAAAUACACAUGCAACAAGACAAAAAGCAGUUUCAGUUUUUAAUUAGGAUUAAGAUGAAGAAUAGGAAUCAAUAGAAAAGAUUAUCAAAAUUAAAGGGAAUGCUAAAAGAAAUGUGUUAGAUCUUCAAAAAUUAAAUGACAUAAUGUUUACUAUUAGAUCUUAAUUUUUAGGGACUCAUGAUUUUCUAAAUAAUAUAAUUAUUCAUAAUAUUGAAAAAGUUACAGAGAAAGAAAUUGAAUUUCUUAUUUAAUAAUUAUGGAGAGAUACACUUAGAACAUAUGAAUAUUGUCAAGAUAUAAUGUAAUAUCAUUUAAAUAAGAAGAAAUAAAAGUAAUUAUAUAUAACAUUAAAAUUAAUUAUUGGUUAUUUAUAAUCUGGUUAAAUGAGUAAAAGUGAAGAAUUAAUAUUAAUUGCUUAUGAGUAAUAUAAUAAAAUCUAGUAGGAAAAUGAUGAUACAGAAUUAGGACAUAUUUCACUUCUUGAAUAAAAGCUUUAUUUAUCUCAUGGAUUAGUUUUAUAUAAGAAAAAUUAAAAGUUAGAAGCAGCAUAAUUAUUGGUUAAAUCUUUAUGUGUAAAUGGUAAAUUUAGUAGUAGAGAUCGAUUAUAAGCUUUAGUGAUGUUGAAGGCUAUAUUUUAGAAUUAUAAUAGACCACUUAUGAAAAUUAAUGAUUUCUUAAUUCAAUAUUAACCAAUAGCUAAAGAUUGGAUAUUUAUUUUAGAUGGUAGUAAAAAUAUGAAAUAAGAAUUGGCUAUUGUCAGAGCUUGUAGAACACUUCAUAAUAUAAUCAAAAAUAUUAAUUCAUAAAAUGAUAGAGUGAGUUUUGGAAUUUUAAAAGAGGAUUAUUAUGAAUUUGCUCCAUUAAUUGGAAAAGUUGACAAUGCUGCCUAUAUUGAUAAGAUUUUUUAAUUGAUUCCAAAACCAAAAGGAAUUUGUAAUUCUAAACUCAUAAAUUCUAUUGCUGAUAAGUAUUAAGCUCAUCCUAAUUUAAUUACUAUAGGAAAUAAUAGAUAUUUAACCAAAGAUGGAGUUGCUUUUAUGAGAUACAAAAAAGUAAUAAUAUUUGCUUGUUGGAAAUGUGAGAAUAUUCCUAUGAAAUCUUAGGAUGAGUUUAUUAUUAUUAAAUUUGGAUAAAAAUCUGAAAGGUAACAAAUAGAAUAAUAAGGAAAUGUAUUGUAUGAAGAUGAAUGGAAUAAAGUAUUAAAUAAAUAUUAAUAAUUAUUGACUGAAUAGAAUGAUAGCAAUUACUUUUUAGAAUAAAUAUUAUGA